UGCGCUGGAUGGACUUGCGAACAAGUGGGAAAAACUCCGGCGUUAGAACGUGCGGUGUUGCGUCACGGCUGUGUCAGCUCCCGUGAAGCAAACGGCCGGCUUAUCAGUGUCUGCGUGAUGAUCAUCCAUUGUUUUCCCAAGGGCGACCAUCGGUAAAACCUGUGAGGCGAUGCUUGCGUGGACUGUCUUCUGCAACUCUGAAAUCGCGCGCGGACGGCGGCGUUGCUUUCGCCCUUGCUCCGUUGACGCUGCCAGAUGGGACAGCAAGACAGCUGCGUGCGGUGACCUUUAAGUGUUUCUGCAUGAGGUCAGAAUUUCGUAUUACUUCUACAUUUCCUCGGACGAGCCGGAAUCCACUGGACGAGUUUCAUCGUGGCAUUUGAGGCAAAAGUCUGCUGGAAAAAGAAGUCGUUCUGCAACGGCAAUGUCAUAGUGCUUGCUGUGGAACCGUACGGUGUCAUCGGAAGGAAGAAGACUGGCCACACUUCGCACAUCUCUCCGCCUGCCGUACACUUUUGUCCUCUUACUCUCCCUGUACCGACGAACGCCUCUCUAUAGCAUCGCGCCGUUGAGACCGCUUCAUUUCGCAACGUAUCACACUGAUAAUCGCUAUCGGAGCUAUAUCUCGUGCUUUUUUUUUUUUUCUUUCUCGCCUCUACCUGUUUUUGUGCCAAGACGGAACUCGCCCGUGUGAUGUAUGCGCUGUCUGGCGCGGAUGGCACGUAUACACCGUCAUUUCGCAGUUGUGAAUUCCUCGGUGGAUUUCUGGCGUCUCUCGGAGGAUAAUAUGUGGUUUCUGUGGAGAAUUGGUGUGCGUGAUGAUCUGCUCGAAACCGUACUUGGAUGAGUGUUGUGUUCAGUUCGAAGAACGCUUAUUUUCGUGAGAGCAACGAGUCUUGACAGGCAGAACCUUCAUCAAGCAGACCUUAUACCCGUCCCUCCGCAAGGAGUUCUGUCCCCUACAGAGAGAGGGUCUUGAAGACAUUGACGAAGAAGUUGCCGAAGAUGAUGACAGUAUAGCAUAAGACAUACAGAACGAGUGGACAUUGGAUGAAUACCUGGCAGCGUGCCGUUAGAUUCGUGAACGGACAUUACAGCGUGGUGCGCUUAUAGAGCUCGUAUAGUGCACGCCUGUAACCAAUCUAUCCCUACCGUGGGUUCUGUGGGAAUAUUUGGCGAUAUGUGUGUGUUACGUGAGUGCUGACGUCAUGGACGGUCGCCAGAAGAAGCAGUCGUUCAAGGCAGCAGCGUCGUCCACGCUGCAGACGGCGUGCAAGGAGAUUGUGACAAACUUUUGGCCUCGACCAUGGGCUCCGCGCACGGUUUACUAUGUGAACCCUCCGGAUUCCGUGACGCUGUGCACCUUGGGCAUCGGCACGGCCUUCGGAGAAUCAGUGCUGGACAACAGCCCCCACAGUGCCACCGUCGUCACCAAUGAGUACUGUGAACUGCUGCGGAUUGAGCAGAAGGACUUUCGAUCCAUCUGGGAAAGGAACCGGCAUCUGAUGGAGGACAUUGUUUCUCCACUGAGCACCUUGAGGAACUUAUCCGGUUCUACACGUCGCCGUGAGAGCCGUCAAGCGAACGGUACCCUCCGUACAGUACCCCCAGUGGCGACGGGCAAACCCGAGUCACCCUUACGCCUGCCUCCACCAUCUCCAAACGACACCUUCCACGCAAGCCGGCUCUCUACCGCCAACUAUACUUCCACGCCGUCCGUGGAGCUGGCUCGUGCGGGAUGGGUGCUACGGACUCUGCUGUUGUACCAGGCGCCGCAGCUGAUCCGAGAUCGGAAGUACCAUCUUCGCCACUUCAGGCGAUGUAUGGUGGGCACAGAGAUGGUGGACUGGCUGCUCCAGAUGCCCGCUACCCACGUCAGAUUAAAUUCGCGCGCUCAGGCCGCUGGCAUGUGGCAAGUCUUGCUCGAAGAAGGAGUCAUCAACCAUGUGACACACGAGCACGAGUUCAAGGACAAGUACCUGUUCUAUCGCUUCCGUGAAGAUGAAGAGGAACCGACCAAGUUGCCCACAUCGGAAGACCGACUGCACGCCGAGGGUGAACUGCAAGACGUGCUGCUGCUUCUCAUGCAGCUCACACCCGACGCCGUGCUUCGCAUGAUAUUGCGAAAGCCUCCUUUGGAACGCACUCUAGACGAUCUGGACCUCAUAUACGAGGAGCUCUUGCACGUUAAGGCACUCUCUCAUCUGUCGAACAGCGUCAAGCGAGAACUCUACGGGGUCAUGAUCUUCGAGUCGCAUCCCAAAAGCGGAACGAUAUUGUUCAAUCAGGGCGACGAGGGCAAGUCUUGGUACAUCAUCUUCAGGGGAUCCGUCAACGUAGUCAUCUAUGGGAAGGGAGUGGUUUGCACGCUACACGAAGGCGACGACUUUGGCAAGCUGGCUCUCGUCAAUGACGCCCCCAGGGCGGCCACGAUAGUCACUCGGGAGGACAACUGUCACUUUCUGCGCGUGGACAAAGAGGACUUCAACCGCAUCCUUCGCGAUGUGGAAGCCAACACGGUGAGGUUAAAAGAGCACGGCCAAGAUGUCUUAGUCCUACAGAAGAUUCCCACAGAUGCUCGAAACAGCAAUGGAGCACAUUCUCAUUACAAGUACAUGGUAAUGGCGGGAACGCCUCAGAAGAUGCUGGAACAUUUGCUAGAAACAAGAAUAGACAGCAGAACAGAAGAAUGUUCAGCACCUCAUUUCAUGAAGCAGUUCAUGCCAACUCACAAACACGACUUUUCCACCACAGAUACUUUCUUGGAAGACUUUCUUCUUACCCAUGUCAUAUUCAUGCCCAGCCAUCAGCUGUGUCCAGAACUUAUGAAACACUAUCGUAUCGAUGUUGCAAACUCCCGGCAGGAGAAAGAGUUUAUCUUGGCCAAUAAGAGGAGGGUGGUGCUAUUUACAAACAGCUGGGUUACUACCGUACGAGAAUCAUUUUUUGAAGAUCCAACAAUCCAAGCCUACGUAGAGGAACUCCUGAAAUCUGUAAAGGACGACAGCACUAGGUACCCCGGUUGCCUUCAAGAUGAACUAAGAACAAUGUCCAGGAUAAUGGAUAUGCAAGAAAAAUACAUUCGGGAAAAUGAAGCCGCGGCACCGCAGAAGUGGAAAGUGAGCCCAUAUGGACAAAUUCGUCAUCUGUCGGCAGGAAGCACAACGUCGGAUGAAACAGUAGAAGUUCACAGACCGAUCAAGCCAAACGAUGAAAUUGUCUUCAGAGUGUACUGUGCUGACCACACAUACACCACACUCAAAACUCCAAUCAAUGCUACAGCAGAGUACAUCAAGAGGAAUGCGGCGGAGAAACUGAGUUUGAAAGAUGACCUGAUCUUAGUGGAGGUGAAAUCCUCGGGUGAGAGGAUAUCAUUCAAAGACUCUGAAGUGAGCGUACCCACAGGACUCAGUAUCAACGGAAGAGUGUUCAUCUCUCCUGCGGAUCACCUCGAUGCACUGACACCACUAGCAGAGCAGGAAGGCCCAGUGGAGGGAACAGGAGCUCUUCUCGAGACACUCAGUUCUCAUGAUAUUGCUUAUCAUAUGUCGCUCUAUGACUGGUACCUAUUUUCCUGCAUUCACGAGUACGAGCUUAUAUAUCAAGUGUUUGGCAGGCAUCAGUUCCGCAAAAUUAUGUCGAAUCUCGACGUGUUCCAAAGAAGAUUUAACGAGGUUCAAUUCUGGGUUGUGACUGAAAUGUGCCUGGCCACUUCGCUAAGCAGGAGAGUUCAGCUACUCAGAAAGUUCAUAAAAAUUGCUGCCCACUGCCGGGAGUACCAGAAUUUCAACGCAUUUUUUGCGAUCGUGAUGGGCCUGAGCAACGUUGCGGUGAGCAGAUUGAGCCAGACCUGGGAGCGGCUGCCAGGAAAGUUGAAGAGGACGUUCGCCGAGUUCGAGACCCUGAUCGACCCGUCGAGAAACCACCGCCGUUACAGGCUCGCAGUCUCCAAGAUCACUCCCCCCCUCGUACCGUUCAUGCCGUUGCUACUCAAGGAUAUGACCUUUUGCCAUGAAGGGAAUAAGACUUACAUUGAUGGCUUGGUGAACUUUGAAAAAAUGCACAUGAUCGGUCAGACGCUACGUUCUUUGAGACAUUCCAGGAAACAAAGACUGACCCUUGAACCACCACCUCCUAGCAAGGUCCAGCAAGACGUGAGAGAAUAUAUCAGAACUCUAAAGGUGAUCGACAAUCAAAGGAGACUGACCCAACUCUCUCAUGCUUUGGAACCACGACGGCCAUGAAGUGGUGCUCUUGCAGAACUUGAAUAUUUGCAAGCUGAAUCGUGCCCUGCUAAGUGCUGUGAACACUUAAGUGUCGGAGCCCUUCAGCAAGUUGCACUUGAGGUGAAUCCACUCCGUGCUGGAGCAAGCGCGAGAAUUCUUCGAGCAACUUCACCUCGUUAGGCUACAAAGAGGAAAAGAGAGGACCCAUGAAGGACCGAAGUGGCGAAGACAGCCGAUAAGGUUAUGCCGGAGGGAGUUAUAUGGAGGGAAAUGUGUUCCAUGGCUUACACCUUUUUGUAACUCACCAUCCCAACUGCCUAUAAAGAUAGACAAGACGCGAAGUAAGGCUCAGGCCUCAGUUUCCCAACAGUGUUAAGUGUUCAAUUUUGAAUAUGGAAUUGUUAUCUUUCCACAGUCCACCAAUUCUAUUUUAGACACGUUUACCUUGAGCAUUCCCACCUGUAACAUGUGGUUUCUUGACAUUGCAUGAGGAACACAUCCUCAUGAACAAAGCUCCUUUCCGCGGAGUUUCUGUACCUGACAUUUCUAAACUGUCGUCCGUCUUACACAUAUUUUAACUACAGUUCAUUACAGCUAGGAGGAGGUCGCUGUUCUUGUUCGAUACAUGUGUGUUUGGUUGAAGCUUUCUAUCUUGUAUGUUAAUAUAUAUAUAUAAGCAGGCUAUAGGUCACCGUUCGGAAGCUACGAUGGUUUUCUUUCAUGGUCAGGGAGCGUUUUGGCUCAGGAGGAAAUCAUUUCAAAUAUAAAUAGGAGGAAAUAUAAAUCUAAAUGUUGCACUGUUAUUUUAGCAAGUAAUACCCCCUGUCAGACGGGCACACUUAACGGCCUUAACGGUUACGACCUUAAGUGCAUACGGACAUUAACUUCUUGCUAGACGGUCAGACAUACGGCCUUUGCGAUCAAACUGAGAUGUAAGGGCGAUGGAGUUCCCGCAAGACAGUUUACGGCGUUCCCCCGAAACUGUCAAAGCCUCGUUCCCAAACGCCACGAACAAGGUGGUGCACAAUUCCUUCAAUUCGAAAUAAAAUGUCUCUAUGAGACGUAAUGUUCCGCCAACGUCUUUCGCGCUCAACACCUUGAGUUCAUCUGGUGAAUCUUUGCACUCUGCUUCUCGUUAUGUCUCGUCAGUUCGUAGUGACACCCUCGAACCACUGCACUCUGUCGUCUGCAUCCAAAACUGCGCGCGCACGACAAAACAUCGAAAUCACUUCAAAACAAAUAUCAUCUGCUGUUAUUGUUUUUAUAAAUUGGCUAAGUGCAAACCAAACAUUGUUUUCGAGUGCUCAUAGUGAGAGCGAAUGGGAUUUCACUACAUUCCCUUCAACUUUCGCAGAUGUGUUUAUCGGUGUAGACAUCAUCGGCAAAACGCCUUCACAGAUACAGUCUCCCAGGGUUUAAGGCCGUAUUUCAGCUAUGGCCUUUCCUGAAUGCCGUAACCUUAAAAGCCGUAUGUGUGCCUGUCUGAUGGAGGUAUUACAGUGCGCUACAAAAUAAUUAUACUCAUCAUUACUGGCACUUAUAAUAGUGGCAGGCUGUAUAUAUCUAUUCUAAUCUCAAACGGUCACAAAAGUGUUCAAUGUGGGAACAAUCUGUAACUUCAGGAAAGUUCAUCACCAUUUAAGAUGUGUUAAAGCUGUUAAAGAAGAGAUAUAAAAAUAUGUACAUGUAAAACGAACAUGAAGGGGAACAAUACCGGUAAGGUCAGCUCUCUCUCUCACGCAUUUCUGCAACUGACCGUGCAUAUCAGCUAGCCUUAACUGUGUGUGUUCUGUUAAACUAAGUACAGCACUAUAGUUAAGUAUAGUUCAUUUUCUAAUAGACUACACGACAGAGUAACAGACUGCCUAGUCUUAAAUUUUCAUGUUUUUACAUCAUUCAUAUUCAUUUAUGUGUCCUAAACUCAUUUGUAUAGUUGGUGCAUACACUUCAUGCAUACGUGCAAUGUUACGUUUGUGAAUUGCAAAUAUUGUUCUAUAUUUAUAUAAAAACAUUAAUACAAUUAUAGUUUCGAUUUUUGUUAGUAGAGUCUUUAGUUUUAAUAUUGAGUGACCUGUACAUUAGUAUAUGCACACGUUCCGGGGGGGUAAUUUGUAAUCAUGUAUAUCAUGAGCUACUAUGAGCCAAAGAAGCUACUGUCAGACAUGAUUAAUGAAGUUAUUUUGUGGUACUCCUAAAACCGCUUGUUUGCUCAUGUGCUUGUGUCAGUGUAAUUCGUGUACAAGCCGCAUUGCAGAAAUCGCAUUGCAUACAGAGCACGAAAGUGCAAAUGAGUGUGACCUGUACACAUUGUGUUGACAGUUGACAGUGUGUUGACCAUUCAUAGUGCUCACAUCAUUUUGUUGUCACCAUCCUCGUAUGCAGUGAAUGAUCCCUUUUGAUGCACCUCAGACUAGCAAUAUAUCAGUUGUAACAGAGACAAGAGAACACUGAUCUAUGCAAUGUGAUUAACUUUCUCCUACAUCAAAAACUGAUUGACGUCCUCUUACAUCAAAUAAUGAUUUUUACGAGACAGAACUUUACCAUUUGUCCUUGUAUUGUUUUCUGCAUUGAGGCAAUUGUCCACCAAGUUUCCUACCAGAAUACCUAGUGCACUUCUUCAAGCACUAUUUCAGUUGACCACAAUCAACUGUAACCCGUACCAAAGCUGUUUUAUGAUACAGUGAAACCCUCAUGAAAUGCCUCACAAAGUUGAUCAAAUGGUCACAGCAUUUCCAACCAAACUGUAUACAGCCUACUUGCAAGAACAAGAUGUGCUCUGUCCUUGAAAAAAAAAAUUCCACUGGAUCAUUGUUACUUUUUAUGAGCCGAACGACCCGCAGAAAAAUUGAGAACAUCACGCUUAUUCUUAUACCACAUCCGAAAAACUAAGCUUUUGUUGCGCACUGACACACGAACAGCUCGUCUGUCGGAGCUUAGGGCUCACAAAAUUCAAUUUGACAAGACCAACAAGUUGUGUCUCUACAGAACAGACAUAUCAUUCCAUUCUUCCACCAUUUGGUGCUGGAAUUUGGCUGUUUUAGGCAAUCAAUACAUCGUGUCUCCGAAACACCUUACCAGCAGACGUGAGCUGAGGUAAAUAUAGAUAUUCACGUUCCACUUAGUCCACAUUAGUCCAGAGCUUGUGAAAAUUUCAGCAAUUCAUAUAAAUAGACGGGUGCACGCAAAGCCACUAAUACACUUGUCACACGGACAGCGCUAACCACGGUUACCAGACUGAAUACCAGACAGAGCCAGACAGACUAGAGACAGAUACACACACACACAUCACAAUACCAGACAGACAGAACAUGCCAAAGAUAUGACAGCUGCCAACCAAUCUAAAAUUUCUUCCUAUAUUGAAGAGAGUUAAAAGUUGAGCAGGUUGGUCAUACAUGUAAUCAAAAUUGGUGAAAACCAUGAAACCUCCUCAGUGCUGGGUAUAAGAAAAAGACAGCUUGCUUGUCAGUGCUGUGUUCUCUUCUGCCCGCCACUGGGGUUUUUUUACAGAUUUUAAUCCCUACACUGGACGUGACUGUUUCACUGCAUCAUGACUCGCAAGUGUUAGUGCUGUUUACAUUCUCAUCCUUGAUCUACAGAAAAAUAUAAAGUCGGGUGAUUUCCUUAAAACCUGUGCGGUUUGUACGAAGCAUUCCACACAUUAAGAGGUGAACAGAAACCAUUUUUCUAUACAUAGCGUAGCAAGAUAUAACACAUCUAGUUUUUAAACAUCCAGCCCACAGAGUAUUCACCCACAAUAUUUUUACCUUGUGUCGUACCCAGAUACCAAUUCAUCAUACCAACCCCAUAAUUUUAAUUGCGCAAGUUACGACAAGAUGUCAUCGGCAUCUAAAAUAUUACACACCCAAAAUGUCACUUCCCUAAAUUUCUUCUCUGCUAGUCAGUUUAUGACAAAGGGUAUUGUUAAGGUGUACUUUGAAGUGACAGUGUAUAUACUUGUCCACAUAAUGUAAUUUAUAACAUGUGCAUACAUUAUUUAAACAUUCUUUUCAGAAAAUUUAUGAAGGUACUUGUACACAUGUGUAUAAUCUCGCUGUACACUCUGUUCCGGUAUUUGUAUGCAAGUACUUGUAAAUAAAAACCCAUCAGUUUUGAUGCCACAAAGAAUAA